CAAGCAGAAAUAAAAAACGUCUAAACUAAUUUUUUUUUCUUCUUGAUCUUCGUUAUGUCUACCCGCUAAAUUUUUGAUUGUGUCAUCAAUAGCAGCUUUUGGGCUUAUUUCAGGAACAAAGGACACCAGCAAUGGAAACUGUCACGGCUAAGGAAGCUACUCCAGCAGCAGCGGCAGCUGCUGGUAAAGUUUACAAGGUCGGAAGCCGCGUCGGGCGUGGCGUGCCCAACAUCGCUGAAGCGUAUAUGAAGAAAUGCUCGUGCAAAAGAGAUAAGGCCAUCGUGUUUUGCAGAGCAUGUGGCUAUUACUGCAACGGCCGCACUCGGCUGAAAUGCGAACAGCAUCCAAGAGUAACCUUCUUGUUAGACAUUACUGAGUGCCCCCGGUGCCGCUGCUCAUCGUUCCUGGAUGAAUAUGAUAAAGCUUAGUUGCAAAAUUAUAAAGUGUUCAAGAUACUGACUGUUACUACUAAAUAUGUUAACAUUUGAUAGAUUUUAUUAUUCUCUUAUAAGAUAGGUGUGUAUGAUUGCUAUUAGAUAAGAAACUGGUAAGAUUUAUAUUCUAGAAAUAAAUUUUACCACUUUCUUUGACAAAAUGUUGAAACAGUAAGAGGUGAUUUUUAAACACUUAAUUUGAUUUCUAAGUGGAUAAUAACAAGUACCUAUACUUCUGUUAAAAUGUGUAUGUUUAAGUUUUUGUUUUGUUAUUAAUAAGAACAAGAGGAUAGACUGCUUUUAUGUUAUAUAAUCUGACUAUUAUUACACAGAUUACAUUGAGUAGAAUAAUGUGUGAAACCAAUAGUUUUUAUAGUAAAAACAGUUUUGAGUUUCAAAACACACUCAAAUAUUUGUAAUCUUUGUAGUACAACAAACCAUUUUUCUUUUAAUAUAAUAAA